UGCUCAUUUUUGGAGGAAAGAGCCGUAAUAGAGGGAGAUUUUUUGCAGAUACAGUUAAGAACCACUGUGUGAAAUUUUGAUUUUAUGAUUUCAUGUAAAUAAUAAUACAUACAAAACAUAUAGCUGAAAUCGCGUGUGGAUAGUGAGGUACAUACAUGCGCAUAAAAUAUUAUGGACUAUUAAUAUCAGAGGAAAUAGCAGCUAUACAAGAUCUACAUUGUCAAGAUGCAGUUAGGUUUUUGCUGUAACGCGGUAAUGGUCAUAGUCGAUAGAUAUACUGAUAUGCAUGUAUUCGCUAGGUAUUGUUCCCUACUUUCGAUUUAGCAUUUAAUUACUCGGAGGUGAAUUUGUUAGAAUACGUGCAACAAUGUCUGUCAAACAAUACUUAUGCGGCCCAUGUCUGGAGGAGAAAGGCGAAAUAGAGGGCGUUGUGUAUUGUAAAGAAUGUGAGGAACCACUGUGUGCGCAGUGUAAACAGGAUCAUUUAAGGAUAAAGGUUUCCAAGCACCACAAAUUGUGUGACCGUGCGGAUGUUCCUUCCCAGGAGAUACAGGAACUUCUGAAGAGCUUGAUUGCAUGUCCGAAUCACGAAAAAGAAGGGGUUGUUUACCUUUGUAAAGACCACGACGUUACAUGCUGUAAUAAGUGUGCGAUGGCUGAUCACAGAAAGUGCGAGGAAGUGAAGGUAUUCGCUGAUAUUUUGCAUGAUAUAACAUUGGAAAGUACUGGAUUGAAGCAAGUGUUACAUGACUUGCAACAGCAAGGCGAGCGUCUUUUAGAACAUGAACAGAAACAUGAAGAAUUGGUAUCUGAAAUAGAAAGUAAAGCGUUGUCGUCACUUCAAACUAUAAAACAGAGACUCUUAGACAUCUAUGAACAAAUUAAGAAUAACGUGUUAUCUGCUAUUGCUGACAAAAAGAAAAUAAUACAAGACAAAAUAAAAGAAAACACGGAAAAUUUAAGUCAGUUUUUAAUUGACGUCAAACAACAGUCAACUUAUUUUGAAAACGUUGAACAAUUUGGAACUAAUGAACACGUUGUUCUCCUGCAGCGCCGCCUUAAAAAGGAUGCGGUUAGUCGUCUGAAAUCAAUCGUAGAUGAAUUGGAGAAACACAAAAGCAAGUCUAGCUUUAAAUGUAUUGAGGAUACCUCUUUGGAUAGUUUACUGUUAGAAAUAAAGAAUUCCUUGCGAAUUAAAAACUUUACUUGUGAUCUAAGCAAAACAGGCUCCGAUACCGGUAACAAUCAUAAUAAGCCAUAUACGGAGCGAAUUCCAGAGCUUAAAUCUGGUAAAGAUUUAACAAUUUUACCCAUGUUUGACAAAGCAAAAUUUCCCGACCCUGUCUCAUGCACAUGGAUAGAUAAGUAUAUCGUAAUAUACCUACGUCCGGAUAAUGUGUUACUAGUGAUUGAGGAAAACAGCGAUUUCGUUUUAUCAAAAUUCAAAUGUCAUUCUUCGUCCUGGUCAGUUUCUAGGACAGGUCCGACGGACAUGGUUAUUAGUAUGCCACAUGCUCACAAAAUCGCAUUUGCUCAACUACGUUAUGGAAAUAUUCACGUUUUAACAGAACUUAAAACAAAAGCCCCGUAUCAUUAUGUCACAAAAAAUAUGUCACUAAACCAGUACAUAUGUAUUACAAAAGAUAUUGGGCAAAUAGAUCUUCUAAAUAACGACGGAACGUUACUUCGUGAUAUCAGUUUAAGCUUAGAUUUGAAAGAGUGUGCAACAUCGUUGCACACUUUUUGUAGUUUUAAUGCGUAUUAUCUCAUGCUAGUAUUUUCACAAGGUAAAUCCGACAAACUAGUUGCCUUGAACCUAAAUGGAGAAAAUAUAUUUGAAUAUAAGCACCCAGAUCUUCGUAGCACAGGUCAAUUAGCCGUCGACCCUAUGGGCAAUAUGUAUGUGAGAUCAUUUAAUCGUAAAGUACAUCAAAUAAGUCCAAGUGGGCAGUACAUCAGAUCUCUAAGUUUUAAAAAUGAAAGCGACUAUCCAAUAGGAAUAUGUUUCAAUAGCACGUUUGAUCAAAUUGCUUUGAUUGAUUAUAGAGGCGGCAAUCAAUAUCUGCGAGUGUAUACAUUUACUUAAUCAUUUUAAUUAUUUAUGCGUAAAAUUAACAAUCAAAUGAUAUAAAUGCAUAGAUUUGUUUAAACCCACGAUAUUUCCAACAUUUACAUUUGCAUUUUUCUUCUCAAAACGCAUGUGAAUUACAUUUUUGUAAAAUGUGAAUGUCCUUUCAUUUAAAGACGUAAAUGUAUUAAUCCUUGGUAAAUUGGUAAACUAUGUAAACAAUUUAACUUGUUUACACGUAUGACAUUUUGUGUUGGGUCAUAAUGGUUAAUGAAUUGCAUAAUAAAUAGUGUAAUGUUGUAUUUUCUAACAUGUUAUUGUAUAAAAAGUGUCUCUCAAGAUGCAUUUUUAAUACGUAAUUAAAUAUUUUACUUAUUAACUGUACCAUCUCUUUAUUGAGUUUUGAGCCGUUUUAUGUUUGUUUAUUUUUCUACAAAUACCACAUACAUAAUCGGAUAGUAAAGUUAUCGGUGAUAAUAAGUAUUGAAUAAUUUAUCUUAAGAACUCGACAAUAUGAUCGUUUGAAUCAAUUUUUUUAUCAACGCCAUUCAUUUGACCCAUUUGAUUGUAACAGAUUUGUGAAUUUUUGAAGCAAGUUAUUAAAUAUCUUAAAUUUAUGGAUUUAAUUGAUUGUGUCAACAUGUUAACCCACAAGUAUACGAUAACAAGUUUUAGGCGUGAUAAAAUUCUUUAUUGUUGUAAUGAUUUAAUGUA